AUGGAUAGGGAACAAGAAGAUAUGCAAUUUCUUGGCCUCUUUGGGAUCUACCAAGAGGCGUGGAAGAUCAUCUUCUCAUGGAGGAAGGUGUUCACCCAGAUCACCCUCACCUUAAUCCUCCCUCUAUCUUUCAUCUUCUUGGCUCAUAUGGAAGUCUCGGAGCUCCUCUUCACAAACAUCAUUCACAACGAAAUAGCCUUGGAUGAAACCCGCCAAGGCACUUCUAAAUACAACAAGCUCUCAGACCUCCUCACGCACGAAUUUAUCACUUUUGUCCUCUUCAAGGCUGCAUACUUCACCUUCCUCCUCAUCCUCUCCCUCCUCUCCACCUCCGCCGUCGUUUACACCAUUGCAUGUAUUUACACCGGCCGCCGGGAAGUAACUUUCGACAAGGUUAUGAGCGUCGUCCCAAAGGUCUGGAAGCGCCUUAUGCUCACCUUCCUCUCUACUUUCAUCUCCUUCCUCGCUUACAACAUACUCGCAUUUUUCAUCUUCAUCAUUCUACUUGUUCUUUUCUUUGAGUCAAGACACUUUCUUGUUCCCAUGCUGAUGCUGAUUGUUCUAUCAAUCUUGUACUUGGUGGGGUUUGUUUACAUGACAAUCGUUUGGCAUUUGGCGAGCGUUGUGACCGUGUUGGAAGACACGUGUGGCAUUCCCGCCAUGAUCAAGAGCAAGAAGCUGAUAAAGGGAAACACCGGGGUGGCAACGGUUAUAUUUUUGAAACUCAACGUUUCUUUUUGGCUCAUUCAAGCAGCGUUUGAGAAUCUGGUUGUUCAUGGUGAGUCAAUGGGAAUGGUGAACAGGGUUGCCUAUGGGAUUAUAUGUCUGGUGCUGCUUUUCAAGUUGUUUCUCUUCGGGCUUGUCAUUCAGACGGUGAUCUAUUUCGUUUGCAAAUCCUACCACCAUGAAAAUAUCGACAAGUCGGCUCUUUCGGAUCAUCUUGAAGUUUAUCUAGGGGACUAUGUUCCUUUGAAGACCAAGGAUGUUCAGCUUGAGCAAUUUUACGUUUGA